CCUUAAGUAUACAUGCAGGGAUCCUGAAAGUUGAAGAAUGGUCAAACUGUCUGCUGUACACCCUCUGUUAUUAUUCAAAGCAGCAUUGUCAUGUGCUUCAAUCGUUCAGCCAGAUGUUGUGAAGACCUUCAGUCAAGGACAAACAGUUGAUUUGGAGUGCCUGAUCACAAUGGAUCGUGUGUUUGACUACUGGAUCAAGCUUACAGUUGGAGAAGCACCAGUAUUUAUUGUGUCUUUUUAUUUAAACUCUAAAGAGCCUAUAUUCUCGGGGGAGUUCGAAAACAACAGCAGGUACAAGUCCAGUAAUAAGGAGAAUAGGUUUGUUCUGACCAUUACUGAUGCUGGGAUGUCCGAUGUUGGAAUGUAUUACUGUGCUGUACGAAAUUAUGAUGAAAUAACCUUUGGUCGUGGAGUUUUUUUGACGCAUGAGGGUGCAGAUACCAGGAGCCAGCAUCUUGUCCAGCAGCCAGUGUCUGAGUCCAUCCAGCCAGGAGGCUCUGUAACUCUGAACUGCACAAUACAUGCUGACACCUGUCCUGGAGAACACAGUGUCUAUUGGUUCAGACAUAGCUCAGGAGAAUCCUAUCCAGGAAUCCUUUACACCCAUGGAGGCAGGAGUGAUCAGUGUAAGAAGAGCCCUGAGGCUGGGUCUGCUACAGAGAGCUGUGUCUACAACCUCCCCAAGAGGAACCUCAGCCUCUCGGAUGCUGGGACUUACUACUGUGCUGUGGCCUCAUGUGGGGAGAUACUGUUUGGAAAUGGGACCAGGCUGAACAUUGAAGAAUCUUCUCAACCAGACCCAAUGCUCCUCGCCCUAAUAAUGUCAAACAUCUUGAGCUUGAUCGUCAUUGUUCUCAUCAGUGUAAGAUUGAGAAAGGUGUCUUCACAAGGAAAAACUAAUCGGGGUCCCUAUGCUACAGCGUCCCAAUCCAGCCAUGUGGCUGAGGAAGAGGAAGAGCUGAACUAUGCAGCUGUGAACAUCCACAGGAGAGAACAGACAGGGACAAGACAAACUAUGGAGAUGGAUGUGGUUUACUCUGGAGUGAGACAGUGGGAGUGAGAGACACAUUUGCGAGUAAUAGUGUCAUGCAAUCAACUUCAAAUACUAUUUCUUUAACAUGGUGAAAAUACAAUGACAUGGUUUAGAAAAAAAUGACUAUUUAUCAAUGCGGAAGAAAGAGGAGAUGUGCAUCCAGUCUGUUUUAACUUACUAUGUAGGGAAAACCAUGUUAAACAAAAUAUAAAUCAAGAGUAUUUUUUCAUUACAAAAAUAUCGGUUAGGGAACUUGAACAGAAAUGGAUCCACCCAUGUUGUUGUGAAUGUAAUGUUACACUUGCAAAAACGUUUUAAAUAGAUUUUAAUACAUAUGACCAGUUCAAAACUGUCAUACAUAACUGUCCCUUUUUAAACUGAGUUUAUUGGCAAAUUAUGAAUAUUGUUUUGUUACGUUUUUUUGUAGUGAUUAUGCCAUUGAAUUACAUUUUGCAUGUCAAAAUAUUGUUUUAAAAAGAUAUACAUGCCAGGAGAAUUCAAAUAAAAAAUUUCAGGUUGGAUGACCGCUUACACACAAAUAAAAACAAGUACAUGUUAUUGGUCAAAAGUAGGAAUUGCAAUACAAUAUUUUCAAAUAUAAUAUUAGUGUUGACUACUACGAUAACAGGGUUGAUGAUUGGUUGACGGUAACAGGGUUUACUUUUAGGGCUAAGGUUGGCCAUUAAAAGAAGCAGAAUCCUUAGAUCUUCUCACAACUUCCACUGGAGAAAUGUUCCUAUCCUGUUGUCCUUUCUCCCAGGGCAGCCAGGAGCGCCUGGGGGCCAAGUGCUCACCCUUGUCCUGGCCAGCGAUCUGUUCUGCAUGUUAUCUGUAUAUUGGGAUUGCAUGUUACAAUGUUUUUUCCGCAAACUCCGCAAAUAGGCCCAGCAGAGCACCGACAGGCCCCAUGCGGGAAUCAAACCCAGGACCUUCUUGCUGUG